AUGUCCACCUCAGCUCCCCUCCCCCCCACACCCAGUUCAUCAGCAGCCAGGAGCCACGAACGACGAUGGGUGGAUGUGGGUGGCCGGCGACGCUCCACAUCACGCGCAUUUCGCCAUCGCCCCACAAGCGAUAGCUCGCUCCUCGCAUCCACAUGCGAGGAGAAAAAUAUCCUCCUCUUCGCGAUCUCUGCCCAGACUUGGGUGCGAUCACGCUUCUAUACCUCCACAGCUCAGAAUAUUAUUUCACAGAUCUCUUUGGGUCUAUUGGCUCUAGUUCUGUUUGCUCCUGACAUUGCUGUUGUAUUGUACCGUUGUUGCUGGCUUGCUGUUGGAUUCCAUCCCGGCGUAGUUCGUGUUUUGGCCAUGGCAGGACUGGCCCAAACCAUGAUGAGCUGCACAGUUGUGAAGGGCAAUGCCCUCUCGUUCAUGGGUUCUGCCCUCAGUGGCUCCUCCUUCGCCCCUUCCCAGGGUGGACGCUUGGUGGCUGUGCCCUCCAAGAUUUGUGCGGUGAAAUCUCCCGAGGAGUGUAACGAGGAGGAGUGCGCCCCAACGAAGGAGGUUGGAAAGCUCAGCUUGGACUGGAAAACCGAGGAUAACUCUAAGGUGGCUGGGACUUACCCUCCACUCGCUCGCCAGGAAAGAAAGUGGACUGGGUACGUUGAGAAGGACACAGCAGGGCAGACGAAUAUCUACGCCGUUGAGCCAACUAUCUACGUUGCCGAGAGUGCCAUCAGCACGGGUACCGCAGGAGGGGCAUCUGGUGGUUCAGGUGAGGCCCUUGCCGUUGCAGGAGGGCUCGGCCUGAUCGCCGUAGCAAGUGCUGCAUCUAUCCUCUUGUCGGUGGGCAAGAAUGCCCCAGCUCCCCAGACCGCAUACGUGGGACCUCCCUUGACCUACUACGUUUCGAAGUUCAGCAGUGAGGUUGCGGCACCCGCUUCCGUCGCAGAGCAAAUCUCCACAACUUCUGAAUCGCCAUCUCUAGCUGAUUUGCCUUCUGUACCGAACCCGGAGGCCGCCUUGUCGGAAGCGACUGGAUUUGUUCAGCAGCAGGCUUCCGAGGUAGUAUCAGAUGUCAAAUCGACAGUAACCCAAUGAAUCUCUCAGGGAUGCUUCCAACUCCUAUGCACAAGCUUGUUGUGAAACGUGCUUGUUUAGAGUUUGUUUGACAAGUUAGAGACUCACGGUAACCAUCGAGGGCCAUUUCCCCUUUGUAGUGUACAUUGUCUCACGUCCGAAAUGCAUUAAUUUGGUGAAAAUACAGCAACUGUUCUGUGGCCGGCGAUAGUUUAGCUAAUGAGUUCAGCAGCCCAGAUUAGACUUCAUGUGUCUCGAUUCCUGAGCUCCACAGGGAGAAGAUUGGUGAUAGAGCGCGCCUGUCCCGAGUAGUAUUGUAUCUAUGCAACGUAUAACCAGCAUUUGAAGCAACUCGUUACGCGGCAAAUGAGCUCGAUCCGGCACUGAAUGCUAGGAAGGGCAAGUUGCUUUUUUUCAAUAUUUGAUCGACAGAGGCUCAAUUGAAAGUCUAUGUUGUGUUGUGUC